AUGGCAUUUAAAAAUGAUUCUCUGGUUCUAAACAAUGCCACUAAUGUUCCAAAUAAUGGGGUUGUGAGUGCUCGACAUAAGCUAGAGCAAAUUGAAGCAUAUAUUAUUGUGAUAACAAUCUUUAUAGUCUUUCUUGUGGUUUUCGGAUCAUACAGGCGUCGUAGCCACAGUGUGUUUCUCAAAAUUUUAAUAUGGAUAGCUUAUGUUUUGCCUACGUACCUGAUAACCUACACUUUUGGCCAGAUGCAGUCAGCAUCCUUUGAAAAUGAAUUGUUUGUUAUUUGGGCGAUAUUUUUGCUUAUUUUCUCUGGAAAUGCAGAUUGCAUCUCUGCCUACAGCCUUGAAGACAAUGAGAAUCGGAGGAGAUAUAACAUGGAAGUGCUUGUUAAAUAUUAUGGGCUGGCCUGGUUGAUGAGUACGUAUAGUCAUGAAACAAAAUUUAUGAUACCGCUCUAUUUCUUUGCUUUGCUAAGGACGUCACUAAGAAGUGAAGCUUUGACCUUGGCUAGCAGAACAGAUGGUUUGGUCAGAAAUACCAAACUAAUUGCAGACUUCAUGGCCAAUGAGCAUACGUUGAGCAACGAAGAUGAAGUAGAUCCCUCAUGCAUGAAAGGCUACAAGUAUUGGGUGGAAGGCGUAGACAAGGAAAACAUGGAAGUUAUCCCACCACUCUACCAAUAUCAUUUGAAGACUGCAAAUGAAGUUGUUACCAUUGAGAUGAUCUGGCAAUGCCAAGGGAGUCUCUUAAGCUCUACCGGAGAUUCAGACGGCCGACUCAAGGACAUUUGCCUCUCUUGUGCAUUGUUCAGGCUUCUCUGUCGUAGAUUUGCAGGAUACUCCAUGUCUGAAAGCUCCCAGUUGAAGACAUGGAAUUUUGUUCGGCAUGGGUUACUUGCCAAAGAAGGUGAUCACGAGAGAGCAUUCCGAGUAAUUGAGGUCGAACUCGCAUUUCUAUAUGAUUUCUUCUACACAAAUUAUUAUGCUUUAUCUACCACGGGAUUUUCAUUAUUUAAAAGUAUGCAGUUGCUUAUUAUCAUAAUUGGUUCUGUAAUUGCUGCUCACAUUCUAAAGCAUUACCAUACACCCAAUGGAGACUUGAACCUGCUUACAGUAAGUGGGCGAGAUGUUGAUGUGCGAGUUACAGCUAUAGUUAUAGUAGCUAUCCUCUUCAUGGAAGUUGUUCAAUUUUGGGUUGUCAACUUCUCCGAUUGGGCUAAGGUACAGUGGCUUUGCUCUUAUGUUAAAAACCCUUCAUGGCAAAACAAUAAAUUCAUUGAGAAGAUUAUACAAAUUGUCUGCCAUAAGAAAUGGUUAAAACCUUGGGAGCAAAAACUCGGCCAAUAUGAUCUACUUAAAUCCUUUAACCAUAACCCUUCCAAUUCUUGGGCCUCUCCUUACAUAGAUAUUUCUAGAAAAGGUCAGAAAGAAAGCAGUCGGAUCAAAUUAUCUCUGGAAGUGAAGAAAGCAAUUAUUGCCUCCCUAAAGGCCAACGAACAGCAAUUGAAUAAUGGGGAAACUUCUCUGGAGCGAAAUGGGGUCAAGAAUGAACUCUCUUGGGCAUGUAGACUUGAGACACAAACGCAUGUUAUCAUGGUCUGGCAUAUAGCUACUUGUCUUUGUGAAAUAAAUUGGGGACAAGCCAACCUUCAAAGGGAAAGCGAACACUUCAUUGUGGCAACUGCAUUAUCUAAAUACUGUGCCUACUUGGUGGUUUUUGCUCCAAGAUUUUUACCUGAUCAUGCGUAUAUUAUAGAAUUUAUGUUUGACCAGGUAGUUCAAGAAGCCAGGGAUAAACUCCAGGGAUGCCACUCACCAGCAACUAUGUAUGACAAGAUGAUGAGAUUAGGCGAAGAUGAUCAUCCUGGAGAAACAAUUAUUAAAAGAGGUGCUGUUCUUGGGAAGCAACUGUUGGUAGACAUAACUGACAAUGAACUGAGAUGGAAAAUUCUAGCAGAUUUUUGGGCAGAUAUGAUGUUGUUUGUGAGUCCCUCCGAUGACACAACCGUUCAUGCAGAGCACCUGACUAAGGGAGGAGAGUUUGUGACUCACUUGUGGGCUUUACUCUCUCAUGCAGGCAUACUCAAUCGAGACUUAGCUCAGAAUGUCUGA